CUUUCCCAAAGUCAAAUCUUACGCUUGUGUAAACGCCCUUGUCCUCUUACAUUUGAUAUCGGUCGCAUCGUUCCUGUCCACUACCCUUUGAUACCUCGGGGGAAAUCUACCAGGCUCCGAUUUAUCCACGCUGCUUCUCCGCUUCUCUCCAGAUACCCCCAUUCCCAUCUACUUUUCCUUACAACUCAAGUCUUGAACGGGGUUCGAUCCUCAGACUGUCCACCUUGCCACCUUUCACCCCUCUUCACAAACAUCGCGACCAUCCAUCAUGGCGGGCACACGGAAUUAUGACUUCUUGAUCAAACUACUGUUGAUCGGAGACUCCGGCGUGGGCAAGUCAUGUUGUCUUCUACGAUUCAGUGAAGACUCUUUUACCCCAUCAUUCAUCACUACCAUCGGUAUCGAUUUCAAGAUCCGCACGAUCGAACUGGACGGAAAGAGGGUGAAACUGCAAAUCUGGGACACAGCAGGCCAGGAGCGCUUUCGCACGAUCACGACGGCGUACUACCGAGGCGCCAUGGGUAUCCUCCUUGUCUAUGAUGUGACAGACGAGCGAUCAUUCCAAAACAUUCGGACAUGGUUUUCAAACGUCGAGCAGCACGCCAGCGAAGGCGUACACAAGAUCCUCAUUGGAAACAAGUGUGACUGGGAAGAGAAACGAGCGGUUACUACCGAGCAAGGCCAGCAGCUCGCCGAUGAACUCGGCAUUCCUUUCCUCGAGGUGUCAGCCAAGAACAACAUCAACAUUGAGAAGGCGUUCUAUAGCCUUGCAUCGGAUAUCAAGAAGGGGAUGGACACAUCCAAGACCGAACAAUCGGGUUCCCAGGGGGUGAGUAUAGACCAGCAGGGCUCGGGUCUGAACGGUAACUCUGGAGGAAAGUGUUGUUAG